UGUAGGUGUAAUACAACUUGUUCUAUUGGGUGAUCUGCAACUGCUCUCUACAGCUAGGGAUACGGAGUCUUCUAACCAGCAGGUUUACAUUGCUGUUGGGGUAGUUAUUCCACUUGUCAUUGCUCUCUUGAUUGUGGUCUUUGUCUACUAUUGCUACAAAAAGCGAAGUAAAAUGCAUGAUUGUGAAGGUGGUGACACUAAAGACAAAAAAGGCACGUUGUUUCAGAAUGCCGCAUACGAUGAAUUACCUGCUGAACAACAGGAAACCAGUAGCAAGACUGGAGCCAACCCUGACAAUCCGUUUGACAUCAUUGACAUACCAACCAGCAGUCACCAUGAACAAACAGGAGGCUAUAAACAACCUGCUCAAUUAGACUAUGACGAGCCUGUUGAAUUGGAAGGCGUUGCUGUGGUGAAUGAUCCAGUGAACAAAGAGAGCAACCCAAUCAAUGAGAGUGGAGACACAAUUCCGUCGUCCGAUAAUAAGGUCAAUACGAGCAGCAACCAAAAUCCUUACGACAAACAAACGAACAUAGAAUGUAACACGUCUCAAUCUGCUUCUAUUGUUUAUGAGGACUACGAGAGUGUUCUCAGUCAGCAGGCUGACGGAAGUGUGAAUAUCAAUGACAAGUCGGGUGAUGGUUUGUAUGAAGAACUUUCGUAGUGUUUACGAUUUUCUCACAUUUUGAACAUUAAGGCAAGGUGCGUCGUUGCGUCAUUUCAAUGAGCUAUGAUAUGCAUACACACGUUUAUUGUGCAAAAACAUAAUUUAGUUAAUUAAUAUGUCAGACAAUUCACGAAUGGCUGGGAUCAUUUGGUUUAGAUAUGUGGUUGUAUUAUAUUAUCUUGUGGUUGAAAUAAAUAUUUAGGUACAACAGACGUGACAGAUCCUGAGUGCUGACUA